AUGAGCGAGAGCAGCCGCGUGUGCUCGGGCUACUACAGCCUCAACCGCAGCUUCGUGGAGUCCUUCCAGUGCCCGCGGCACGGCGACGGGGCCGCGCUGCUCUACUGUUGCGGCUUCGCAGACCUCAAGUACUGCUGCAGCGAGCCGGGCAGCUACUUCCCCUACAAGCACAGCUACAUGUGGAGCCUCAGCAUUGGUGCUCUGAUUGGACUGGGAAUCGCCGCCCUUGUAUUGCUUGCCUUUGUCAUCAGUGUCUGUGUCCUCUGCUAUCUAUUUCUGUACACAAAACCUCAAAGAUUAGACAAUGGCCUUAAACUCCAGCACCUAGAGGCAUCCUCUGCCCUAGAAGGCAACUUAAGUAGAAAAACCAAAGGCUUCAUUUCAAAUGCAGCAUCAAAUUCAACAAAUGAAACAGUCUAUGAAGCCGACGAUGUAACUCAAGGAAAGACAAUGGAUACAACACAAAUCAAUAUUGCCCAUUAGCUAAAAUCCCUGUUGUAAGAGCUUACUGGAGAGAUGGAGCAUUAAGAAUAAAGAAUGAAUUUUAUUUUAUUUUAUUUUGAGACAGAGUCUGUCUGCACUGCUUGAGCUAUCCUGGGACUUCCUAUGUAGAGUAGGCUCGCAAACUCACAGAUCCGCCUGCCUCUGCCUUCUGAGUACUGGGCUUAAAGGCGUGUACC